AUGAGUGGUGCAGUCGUACCGCCAGGCAGCUCGUUCGUCUCGCCGCACGAUGUGACUCCCUCCAAGCAAAGAGGCGCAGCGGGAGGAGGCGCCGAGUCCGAGUCAGAUGUAGCGGACAGCAGUGCUCCCGCUGCCUCAUCUGCAGGCGGAGAUGAUGACGGUGAUGACGGUGCAGACGAGAGUGGCUCAGAGCUUGUCGAAGAUUACCUAGACGACGAAGAGCUCAACGAGGAGCAACGCCUGAUCGCGGCCGGCGGGAUGGGCAUCCCGAAGGAUGAGUUCGGGAACGAGCGUCCCCUCCUCGUACCCCUGUCCCAGCAGGACUCAGGGCGUAAAUGCCUCGUACUGGACUUGGACGAAACACUAGUCCACUCGUCGUUCAAGAUGAUCCAGAACGCGGAUUUCAUCGUGCCCGUCGAGAUCGAAGGAACGGUCCAUAAUGUCUACGUGAUCAAGCGUCCCGGUGUCGACGAGUUCAUGCGCCUCAUGGGCCAGAUCUAUGAGGUAGUCGUCUUCACAGCCUCUCUUUCCAAGUACGCCGAUCCCGUGCUCGACAUCCUCGACAUCCACCGCGUGGUGAGGCAUCGCCUCUUCCGCGAGUCCUGCUACAACCACCGCGGCAACUACGUCAAGGACUUGAGCCAGCUGGGUAGGCCGAUAGGGGAGAGCAUUAUCAUUGACAACUCGCCCGCGAGCUACAUCUUCCACCCAAAUAAUGCCGUGCCCAUCUCAAGCUGGUUCAACGACCCGCACGAUACCGAGUUGACGGACCUUUGUCCUUUCUUGGCGGAUCUGUGCGACGUGCACGACGUGAGGGCGGUGCUUGACGGGGCGCUGGCUGCGCCGGUCGGGAUCGAGGGAUAG